AUGGCGGAUCUGCCACUGCACCCAUUUUCCCCUUUUGCCAUUGAGCUGCCAACCUAUGUCCCCAACACUCUUUCGGCGCUGCCUCUCGUGUCCAUCUUUGCAGCAGGAUGUGUGGUUAUUUUCGGAAUCACGUAUGGCUUCAUUCAGCGGAUGAGGCCCUCGAUGAGCACCGGCGAGGUUUCCAUCGCGCUCUGGUUUGCGCUCUGCGGCUGCAUCCAUCUGUUUUUUGAAGGUUACUUUUCCUACAAUGCAUUCGACAUGGCCAGCAAGACAGACAUCUUUGGCCAGCUCUGGAAGGAAUAUGCCCUGUCUGAUUCUCGCUACAUGACCCAGGACGCCUUCACUGUUUGCAUGGAAACCGUCACUGCUGUUUUCUGGGGCCCAAUGUCCUUCUUUUGUGUCUACUUCAUCAUUGUUGACCACCCGCUGCGACACCCGUUCCAGCUCAUCAUCAGCUUGGGCCAGCUGUACGGUGACAUCUUGUACUACGCCAUCUGCACGUUCCAGGAGAUUGUAAACGACAUUGUGUACUGCCGACCGGAGCGAUUUUACUUCUGGGCUUACUACUUCCUCUGCAACUUCUUCUGGAUUGUUAUUCCUCUGCUGCUCAUCAAGCAGAGCGUCAGCGAGACCGCAAAGGCAUUCGCCAAGGUCAAGGCGACGUCUGCUGUUAAGAAGGCUCAAUAA